AUGAGAAUGAUUGGACUGGGUAAUAUUUUCUGCAUUUAUUAUGUGAUUUUUAAAUCAAAGCGAACCAUUGAUGUAUGCGUCCCGAGACUGUCCAGUGAUGCGUUAGCUAAGUGCCUUGUUAAAGUACAACAGCAAAAUGGAUCGAAAACAAGAAUCAUAAUCCACAAGAGCAACGACCUACGAAAUUUACAAUUGUUUACUCUAAACAGAAUAGAAGUGAAACUUAUAAAAUCAGAAGUUCGCCUGGAGCAUGAGUUUAUAGUAAUCGAUUCCUCAGAACCGAACGCCAUGAUUUUGCUGGGAAACGUUUGUUGUGGGGGAUGCUGGGAUAAAAUGGAGUGUUUCAAUAAAGCCCCCACAAUAUUGUCUUCGGAAAAAUCUUUAGUAGGUGUUAUGAAACAAGAAUUUGACAGAAUAUGGAAUUCAGAAUUAUACUAG